GCAGCAGCACACUCUGAAGCACCGGAAGCUAAUCAUGAAACAACCGGAAGUGCACAGUGCAGCCUGAAAGCAGCUAGCAGUGUUUUGGAAAUAGCUCUCAAUCUAAUUAAUCCAGCGUUUCUUUCCUCACGUUGGAUUUCUAGCAAAAGCAACAAUGUCUGAAAGAAAAGUAUUAAAUAAAUACUAUCCCCCGGAUUUUGAUCCAGCCAAAAUCCCAAAACUUAAACUCCCAAAAGAUCGUCAGUAUGUGGUCAGAUUGAUGGCUCCAUUCAAUAUGAGGUGUAAAACAUGUGGCGAGUACAUCUACAAGGGGAAGAAAUUCAACGCACGUAAAGAGACUGUUCAGAAUGAGCUGUACAUGGGACUACCCAUCUUCCGUUUCUACAUCAAAUGCACUCGAUGUCUUGCUGAGAUUACGUUUAAGACCGACCCAGAGAACACAGACUAUGCAAUGGAGCACGGUGCAACAAGGAACUUCCAGGCAGAGAAGCUGAUUGAAGAGGAGGGGAAGAGAGUCCAACUGGAGAGGGAAGAAGAGGAACUGAACAACCCCAUGAAGGUGUUGGAGAACCGUACGAAGGAUUCCAAGAUGGAGAUGGAGGUUCUGGAGAACCUCCAGGAGCUGAAAGAGCUGAACCAGAGACAGGCUCAGGUGGACUUUGAGGGAAUGAUCGACCGGUACAGAGACUUGGAGAAGAAAGAUAAGGAAAGGGAGAAAGAAGAGGAUGAGCGAGAGACAAAAGAGAUGUUGGAUCGUGCCCUUAUGAAGAGACUCAGAGACUCUGACUCUGAUUCAGAGAAGGAGGAGGAGAGCAGCAGCUCGCAGUCAAAGAAACCCAGCACAGACAAACCAACAGACAUCCUCACCACUGUCAAACCCACAGAGACACAGGGAACCUCAGCUGGAGGAGUGAAGAGGGCCAAGGUGGAGAGCUGGGAGAGGAGUGUGGGGACGCUGGGCGGUAAAGGGGCACUGGGGUCACUGGUCGUGCGAAAGAAACCAGCGGCGGCUUUCAUCAAACCACGUCCAGUGGCAGCAGCUUCUGCUCCCACUUCACAAACAGAUUCAAAGUCAUCUACGGCAGACUCCAAGAAUGCCUCCAAACCCGUUACCACACAAAAUGGGUCAUCAUCUCUCAGCCUGCUGGGGGCGUAUUCAGACAGUGACAGCAACGACAGCGAAUGAAAUAAAAGAGGCAUGGGAUGGUUUUUGAUUUGAGUGAUUGGCACACAAUUGUAUAAAUGAUGCAUCAAGUUAUAUAAUGAUAUGGACCCUUUUGUAGAGCUGUGCGGAGGAAUCAAAGUCGUGUAAACCAGUCUGUGGGUCUAUCUCAUGAAAACCUUUCUAUAAAGAAGCAACUGAUGACAAAUCAGAUGUGUUGGCGUGCAGUCAUAAGUAGGAAUGUUAUUGUCUGCUGUCCAAACACUAGUGAAACAAAAAAUAACUUUCCUUAGCUGAUGCACCAUUUCAUGAACUCAAUGUUUGAAUCUUUGAGUGAAAAUAUCAGGUGAAUAUUUUAGUGUUUAUUAAAAAUCCGUUUAUCUCUUUGUCCUUGACAUGCUUUUCCACGUCUCUUUUAAUAUCAAACGGUAAUGUGGGAUCAGAAUAUUUAGUUUUCUGCCAAAUGUCUGUCAACCCGUAAAGACAUCAUUUUAUGUAGAUCAGAAAAGCAAGAAUAUGAGCACUAGAAACUUGCCAUAUUUCAAGGAGCUCAUUGUGUUGAUGUUAUGUUCCUAAGCAUUUGUUUAGGCAGUUGAAAAUUAUUUCAUAAUUCAUAGGGAAGAGGUACAUUUCAUGCUGGGGGAUAUAGUGGUAUUUGUAUUAAAAUAUGUGGGCUUUUGUUUAACAUAGUAUUCAUGUUUGAAACAGCAGGUGGCACACUUGUUCUCGAGCUUAUAAGUAUUUAUCAACAUAUGAAGUUUGCGUUGUUUGUAUGUGAUUCUCUGUCAUUGACAUCUGUCAGAUCUGCAUUCUGUAAAGUCGUUUUCUAACACUUCCCUUCGUCGCACAGGGACAAACUUGGCACCGUUUGGAUGCGCUAUACUCAAAAAUGGGGGAGUGGGUCUUGGUUUCAAGUUCUAUGACCUUCCCUAACCCUAGCCAUAAGAUUGUCAUAUUGUCAGAUCAAAUGGGGUCCCAAAAAUGUUUACAACAGACGUACACCAUUCGACUCCAAAUUUCCCGAAAUUUGCUCAUAACCACCUCCCAAAGUGACCCCCCUCGCCAUAAUCAUAAAAUUGUCAUUGUAUAGUAUCUUAAAAAUAAUUGUAUAGUAUGUCAGAACAUCAAAAUAUAUUAUGAUGUAAAAAUCAUUAAAAAGGCAAGUAAUCAGUCAUAGUAUAAUACGUCAUUAAAUACAUAUGAUGCAUAUUACAGAUUUCAGUAAGUUUUAACAGAACUAUACAUCCAAUCAAUUCAAAAACAGAUUUUCCCUAAUAAAAAGGAAAUGUCCUGGACAUUAAUAUCCAAAGUUAUUCACAAUAAAGCCCAUCAGUUCUGGUUAUUACCCCUAUCCUACUCUGUUGAUUCUAUUUGUAUCUUUCCCUUAUUGUAAAAAUACUUUGUGCUGCA